ACUUGGAUUGCACACAUUCGUAAACAUACCGCGUUUUUGUGAUUUUUUGUGUUGCUGAAGCCGCCGUAGAACCUGCAAAAUUAGCCAUUUUUUUCGUAGCAAUGAACCUUGAAAAAGUCACCAAUGUUUCUCCUGACUAUUUUGAGGCAUGUCGUACUAGUCUUGCUUCUGGUUGAGAAUUCCAAAAGCCAAGAAAUCCAAGGAAGGGUCAAUCUUGGAUUGGAUCCCAGCUCACCGGUCCCAGAAUCCUUCCUUUUCAACCUGAAUGUUGGCUCCGGGACGCUGCCCCUGUUUUUCGAUCUCUACAAUGUGACAAACGGCAGCUCAGUAGAGGGAGGACCAUUCGACGAAGAUGUGACGGUAACGUGCAACACAAUCACAGCCUUUACAGCAGGGGAUUCAGUGAUUCAGUUCACAAAUACAGGCACCAUACCGCUGAGAAAUGGCGACACAACAGGCACCGUAUCGUUUGACAUCACCACCCAGGGGCGGCGUAUUGAGGUGCAGUGCAGUGGAGAGACUGCCCCUUCCCCACCAGGCACCACGGCGUACUUCAACCCCGACACAUCGGCAGGGCGGACUGGGUUUGUGACAAUUAAGAAGGACCCUGUAGCAAGCCUGUGUAGCGAUAGAAUCCUGGUACCCAACGCUGAUGGAAUAACUACAGGACAAGUCACCCUGCAUCUCAGCGAACCUGUGGAAUCGUCUAAUGUCACAGGAAAAUGCGAGGUUACCGGUGUCCCACCAGAUAAUCCCACCAACUGGUUAGCAUUUGAGAAUGUUCGGAUUUUUAUCGGUGAAGACAGUGCAGUGGUGCGAUAUCGUAUCACGGGGCGCGGUGGUAUAUUACGGGUGCAGUGUUCUGCAGAAUCUGAUGACGGAGUCCAGUAUCAGACAGAUUUAUCUAAAACUGAGGAGGCCCUCUUUGACUUUGAGUCGGGCUCCGUCCAGAUUCUACCGGCCACAUCCAAGGUGACGGGGGACAUGUUUGCACCCGUUCUGGCCCUCUCCGAGCCCCUGCGAACCGGCGAAGCAGACGUCACCUUCUUCUGCAGACUGACGCCUCUCAACACGACCGACGAAGCGCAGGAUAUCAUUGACGGGGAGCCGUGCGUGGCACCGGUGGACACAGUACCAGGGACCACCGAUUCUCCGAUCGUAAUCACCGACCAAAUUGAUGUUGUAACAAAAACGCCCAACACCGCAUCUGUUGGAACGGCCACACCCAUUCCCACCACGCCGGCAAUCACCACUCAAUUGCCCUCCACUUUCUUACCCACCAAUGAACCAACGCCAGUCAACGACACUGCCACGUGGGAUCUGGCCCGAUCACAGAUUGUCUUCCAAGAGGGGGACGUGGCCCAAAGCUUGGAAAUCCGCCUGCGCAAUGCCAGGUUCGGAUUCAGGGGUGGCUUGUUAGUUAGAUGUUGUGCCACAGCCGAGUUAAACACAAGCCCCAAAUACACCGGCUUGUCCAGCUCAGCCAUAGCCACAGUUGAAGUAGCUGCGGCUAGGUCUAUCAACUGGACUAGUGCCACAGAUUCGCAGAAAGAGACGACUUUCACCAAUCCAGCCUAUACCGAGGUGGCGCCCUGCCCAUGUGACCUCACUGCCAAUAGCUGCGACGUCAACUGUUGCUGUGAUCAGCUGUGUACAGAGGAUGAUCUGACUGCUUUUACUUGCAUAACUGGAAUACCUGGUGGUAAUUUCACCAAGCAGUAUGCUUACAACUGCUCCAACCGGGAUAUCUAUCGGCCAGACUGGUUCCCUUUCCUCUGCGUGGAGACAGACAACAGCCCUCACCUGGGCCUGUACUUCACGGCGAGGUCAGGGGUGCGAAAUGCAGCGGCCUAUAACAACCUGAAGGCCACCAUCUUGGCUGGCCAGACCCCCACCAGCUUUGAGGACGAAGGCCAGCGCUCGUUGGACUUCACGCGCUCCGAUGCUGGCGGGGGCGGGUACAAGUUUGGCUUCCCUGUGGAGACGCUGUUUAACAACAACGCCCGGGGUUUCCUGGCUGUGCCGGAGGUGGACCCAAAUGGGGGCUGCUCCUGGUUGUCUCCAAUCCAAUUCCAGGUGGACACCUCAUCCAGGUGUGACGUGGACCCUCAGCAGAGCCUCUGUGUUGAAUCCUCUGUGCUGAACCCACGCGCUUUCAUCCUGUCAACCAACACCGGCUAUCCACCAUGCCGGGAAGCCCCGGGCAUUCUUACCACUUAUGGAGGCAACAAGCUGACUCCAAUAACAGUGCGGUAUCACUGCACCGAAGACAUCACCCCAUACCUUGUACCCAGCACUGAGCUCGACCAGUUGUUCAGUCCAACCGGGGAGUCUUUCUUCCCCAGCUCUGAUGACAGUGGGGAUGGGAGCCUCCCACUGCCCAACCGAUGUCCCUGGGAUGAUGGUUACACCCUCCCACCGAUCCCUGAAUACGAUCCUGCAACCUAUCUCUGCACCAGUGCGGUCCUGGACGUCCGCUAUGAACUUUUCUGGCGCAGCAACCAGAUCGUCCAGCUGGACGCAGUUGUAAUCUUGGGCAGUGUUCCCUUAUCACCGCAGAAUUCCAUGACAUCUGGUGAGAAAGAGGUGCCAGCUUUUGUAAGCCCACCCCCAACUGAACCCCCCACUGAGCCCCCAACUGAACCCCCCACUGAGCCCCCUACCGAGCCCCUCACCACCUCAGUGGAAAUGGUAGUUACAGUGAAUGUGACAGACGAGCUGAUCACUCCAUAUGCAAACUUAACUGAUUUGACGAGUGUCAAUGCAUCACAUACUUUAGCGUCGACGCUGCAACCGGCAACUUUGUCGGAGAUGACUGCAGGCCAGACAACAGAGGUCGCAACCACCCAAGGGCAGACAACUGCAGCAGUGACCACCGACGGCCCAACGACUGCAGACAGCCAAAUGACCACUGGUGGCCAAACAACCACCCCUGCCCCAACCACCCAAUCAGUUGCAACAACAGACUCGGGUGUGGUGGGAACUCUACCCAUGGUAACCACGGAUUCUCCGGGCGGUAGCAUCAGUCAGGAGCCUAACACACCCCUGCCAUUCACCCAGCGCUUUACCGUCAAGUUCACCCACCUCCCAACAAUACUCACGGACCCCGCCCCUGUUGAUCCACCAACUGUCCCCGCUCAAGACACCCGAUCCGGGAAUCCUGGUUACAUCACUGGCAAAACGGUCUUGUCAGGACUUGCCAUCGUUGAUCCCCUUCUAGAAUGCAAUGCCACGGGAGAGUGUGCACCAGUCGAGCCUGCCCAACCUGGGGAAUUCGUCCAAAUCAAUGAUACAGAUGCCAAUAGACUAAGAGUCUGGGUACCAGGCCCAGGGAGUCUUUGCUCCCAGUCCAGCUUGGCUGAUGUCACCUUUGGCGAGGAUCACUUCUCUGGCUGCAUUCUCCGGCUAGGCUGGAGCCGGUUUAGUAACUGCAGCACUCUGCGGGAGGUCAUGCUGUCUGAGUUCAUGUCCAUGGUGGCAGCAGACAGGAUCGGCAGGGUUGGCGAUGCUGACAUCAGGAACGAAGAAAACUGGGCCCAGGUUUUCAAGGCUGGUGAGUUUGCCAUCCCAACCGAGCUCCCCCCGACAACGGAAGCCAUGACAACAGGCGAGAUGACAACAGCUGAGCCCACCAAUGAGACCAUGUCAAGUCCCCUUGAACUUCUGCAGGGAUUGUGCUAUGACGUACCAACUGGAGUCAACAUUGAGAUUUUGUACGCAAAUGCUGGAGAAUACGGUUCCGUCAUCCAACACGAGAUAUUAGCAGCAUACGUAACGUACACCAAAUCUACUGUCAAGCUUCAGUGCACUGGUGCCAACGGUUUUGUCUGCAAUCUUGAGCAGACUUCCAACGAGACCACAGACUGGGUGCAGUCCUUCCCUGUAACCAGCACUGUCACUUUCACUCUUACUGAAUUUCAGCGCCCCUUACGUUGUGACUACGACCAGUGUGAAGAGGAAUUGUUGUUUCCACUCUCGUUGCGUUUCCAAGGUGACUCGAGGACGUACACCGUUGGCGUAGCGGUAUUUGUCAUCUUUCUUACAAUUGUGUAUAUGGUGGUUACAAAACCUUGGUCAUUCAUUAUCUAACCACAUUUGUCAAAUUGAUUUUUUUUUCAAUUUUACACAAAAAUUCAUAGAUAUACUUCACAUUCUGACCCAUUUUCACGUUUCAGGACCAAGAUAAAGGGAAAUCCUUUUUUUGCAUUCAUAUAUUAACUCUUUAAAAUUACAAUGAUAGGAGCACUUCCCUGGUAGCUAUUAGAUUGCACUCAUUCGCCAAUGGGAACCAGCUAAUUGUGACUAUUCAAGGCAGUGUCCAAAGUUGUGGCUGUGGCUUAAACUAAAAAGUGCACCUAUGGGAGCCAGUGGUAUUCCUUUUCUCUUAGCCGUAGCCAGUUAAUUCAGACACGUCCUUAAUAUUUGUUAUGAGAGGUGUAUACAGUACCCCCCACUAAGGUGCACAGAAAGGUCAGAAUUACUCGGCAUUCGUGUUGUAGGAACAACUGAUAUUGAGAACUGCAUAUAAGAAAUACCCAUGGUUAUUUGCAAGGCAGAGUUGGCUUCAAACUUUAAUUCAAAAGAAAUGUCAGAAGCCUGUAAGUCUUUAUUCAGCCAACAAAUAUAUUAUUUCUAGAUUUGAUUAGAUUUCCAGGAGUUCCUUUGUCAAUAUGUGCAGUGACGUGAAUUUUUGUGUAGCAAUUGAAAUGAUUUCACAAGUAACUCAUAAAAUUGGACACCAAGGAUUUUCUUGCUUGACAUGUUUGUGAGAUGUGUAUGUAGGUGUAGUGAGUUUUUUUUCUCUGAUAAGACAUAUAUUUAUGAAAACUGUGUCCUUGGGGUUAUCCAAAAGCUUGCAAAGAAAUUCUCCUGAAUAUUUAAUGCGUAUGGCUUUUCUUCACAGGCCUGGGAACAAUGUUUUUAAAUAUAUGCCACUAAAUGGCAAAGAAUUUCUUGUUUUAUUCAAGGAAAUAAUGUCAGCAAACGGAAAUAUUGUUUUCCAAAAUCUUUUGUGGAUAUUUUUGUAAAUAUCGAGAUUGUUUUCCAUUUAGUUUCAAGUGCUGUGAAGAGUUUGCUUUUCUUUUGUGUGUAGAAGAAAACGUUGUAAAUAUGGUUUUUUAAUAUUAUUUAAUAUUAAAAAAAAGAAAACCUGUUCAAAAUUUGGGCAAAUCGAGAGCCAUUUUGUGUAGGUAACAGUUGAAUUUUUAAACCCUCCGUGUCCAUAUUUUAAUGAGUUUUUCAGGUGCAAAGCUCGUGAAGACUUAAUUCCUCAAGACCAAUCCAUCCGAGUUAAUAUUUCUCAAGUAAUGCACUAAAAUUUUGCUUUUGGCCUUUAAAUAUGAUUGCUCAGGUGAGUCCUUUUGACACAUGUAUACUGAAAUAAAAUCCCAUGAACCAAAAAUAUCAAAAACAACCAAGUCUUCAAUUUUACCUUUGGAGACAAAAUGUUUUUGCUAGUCGAUAACUGAGACCUCAGUUUCAAAAUGAAUUCUGUAACAAAGGGAUGCAGUGAAACAAGAAAGCGCACCUGCUCUCCAUUUCACCAAAGUUUGUGAGUUCUGUUAUUUUUCUUCAUCCACAAGGUAGUGCAAAAUGUUGCCAAUAUAAAUUGUUUACAAGUCCAAAACUGUAUUGAAACAUCGAGAAGUCAGUGAGGAUCAGAUUUAUUUUCAAAAUUCUGUACAAGUUUUUCAACGACUCACUGAAUGAUAUUUAACCACCACACAAAAUCGGAUUACAUUCAACCUUUAUACAGCUAUU